AUGCUGAUCCAUCCCCUUCAUGUGGGGAGUUUGUUUGUGGCUGCGGGGUGUCUAGACAGGUGUUUGUGUAUGCAAGAAAUGCAGCUCAAAGCAACGGACACAGAAACUGAAGACACCGUUGAACUUCGUUUAGACGGAUUAGAUGGGAUUGUUGAUGAGGCUGUUCCUUCUUCUAGAGGCAAUCAAGAUAUUAUACCAAGUGAUGUAAUUAAGAUGGCUGUAGAGGCAGGAGAUCGCACCAGAAAGAAGAUGCUGCUUGCAGGUGUAGUUGCUCUUAUUGCUAUUGCUGCUGCUGUUGCAGCCUCUUUAGGUGCUGGGAUGCUUCAGGGUUCAUUAGAUAAAGGUAAACGAAAACCAGCAGCAACAAUUACAGAAAAACAGUAUGCACUUAUGGCACAGGUAAAGGAGUUGAGAGCACAGGCAGGGGCCAUCGGGGAUCGAUUCCCAGAGCUUGUUGAAGAUUUAUUUAAUUCAUAUUCUGCAUAUUUUGGAGGCAUAGAGAAGAAUUUAAGGGGGGCUAUAGGGAGUCUAAAGGCCUCCGGUGUCUGUACACUAGAAGCCGAGGAGGAGUUUGAAAAAGGUGUAGAAACAGCGAUCAAAGAGGGCAGCGCAGACAACCUUGAAGGGGCUUGGGAAGAGAUGCGGCAGCACUUUACUGAUAGUGAGAAAGCUGCAGCACUGGCAGCAGCAGCAGCAGCAGAUAUAUCUUCUCUCACAACAACGUGGGAGGAGACCCUCCCUAAGAGUGUGCUGCAAAAGGUGCAUACUUUGCAAGAAGAAACAACGAGUGGUGUAUUACCGACUAAAAAGCUUGUUGUUUCUGCGCUGAUGCAGCAUGAAGCCGCAACUGCUAAUGCAGCAGCAAGAAGAGGGAAGAAGCUAGGAGAGACACAAGUACAACAAGCACAGAUCUUCUUGAGUUUUGUAGAUAUAGCAGGAUUAAAGGCCGAGAGAACAGAGGACGUACAAAGAGCAGCAGCAAGUCUUACAGAAGCCAUCCGCAAAUAUUCUGACUUAAUGCAAAAGGCAGCACUUCUGCACCAAGAAGCAGAUAGUCUUAAAGAUGGUCUGAAGAGAAGACAGAGAAGAUCACGAAAAUAA